AGGUAAAACUCGGUAAUGGGAUUUCAGUAUCGUUCAAACGUUUGCAGAGCGACGCAUUUGGAAAGGUUGAGGGCGCAUAGCAGGCGUCGUCGAUAGCGAAUCGUACAUCGAACAGGCUAAUGUCGGCCUGCUGCUUGGCUUACUUGCUUUGCCUGUUGCCGCUUUGCGAAAUGGCGCAUCCGAACAUCGAGGAAAUACCGGAGCGAAGCCCGUUGCGCGUCGACUCCCUGCUGAUGCGCUGCAUCGAGUCGGGCGUCAAUGACGUAGCCAUGAGAUUGUUGAAGAACAAAUUGCACGAUAUCAAGGAUGCCCUGGGAUUGCUGCUGCAUCACGCCGCCCUCUACAACAACGAAGUCAUAGCCCAAUACUUGAUAGGGCUGGGCGCCGAAGUCGAUCUCUUUGACUAUGAAUCGAAGACGCCUCUCAUGGUAGCUGUGGAGAAUAGUAAUGUAGCAACUGUCAAAGUGCUGCUGAAUGGCAAUGCCAGUAUCGAGGUUGCCGAUGUCAGUGGACGAAACGCGCUGCAGUUGCUAUUUUCUUCGCAAACGCACGAGGACAUGUUGAUGUUAUUCCUUGAAAGAUUGCGACGCGACUGCCGUGACGGCGAGGAGCUGGUGGAGCGACUGAUCCAGGCCGGAAGUUCCAUGUACCACGCGACUUUCUUCAGGGAUACCGCAGUGCUGGAAAGCUUCUUGCAGCACGGCGUCGACAUCGAUUCUAGAGAUCACUCCGGCGCCACGGCAUUGCACGCUGCCGUCGAGUUGGACGACGUCUGUUUGGUAGAGUGGCUGCUAAAGAACAACGCCGAUGUUAACGCCCAGGACAAUUGCGGGUGCGGGCCGCUGUACGAUGCCGCGUACCAAGGCAAGGUGCAGAUGGUGCGCGUGCUGCUGGAGCACGGGGCGAACCCGAACGUCGCCGAAAAGCAUUACGAUUACACACCUUUGUUCGCAACAUUUGCCUACUCUCUGGGCGAGUCCGAGCAGAACAACUACGACGCCUGCAUCGAGCUGCUGCUCCAGCAUGGCGCCAUCCCUCAGAACUCGAGUGCCGACCGCAAUACGCUUUUCGACUACGCCAUGCUUGCCAAAAACAGCGAUCGCAUCAACCUUUUGGUCGCUCGUCUGGCGAUACUCGACAAGCUCGGCACUUCGCUCGCCAAGUCCGUCAUGUACUACAACGUCGAGGAGCACUUGGUCGCGCAGCCUCGGCUCGACCGCAACUACAAUCUGUGCUGGAAGCUGCUCGAGUUCGCAGUCUACAGAAAUUACUCGCUGUUCGACUUGUUGACCGGCGGUAAGCGCAAGUUGAGGGUUCUCGUACGCGACCGGACCUUCCUUUCCAAGAUCAACUACGUGAAUGGCAAGCUGGGCAGGGUAUACACCUUUUACUUCAAGCCACUGAUGAAAGGCGUCGCCGACGCUGUUCGCGCUGCCAAGCUGGAGGAUGCCGCUAUUCCGAUUCUUUGCAAGAUCUUCGACAGAAAUUACAAUCAGUGCUACAACUUUGCACGGGAAAUUGUUGGAUACUUGAGUUUGCAAGACCUCGAGCAAUUGCGUCGACUAUAAACUUGGGGGCAUUUCCGCGCGAUGCUUCAUUAUUUUUUCCUUCGUUGCGCAUGCGAAAUAUUUUAGCCAUGUUGAAUUAGUUUUCAUGAUAUUUGCUUUGAAAUGCGAUUGACAAUUAUUAUUUGGUCAAAGCUAUGCGGUGCAACACUUUUUCAGUUACUCUUGCAAUGAAUUUUACUUGACGGACAUAACAUAGAUCUCAUUUCUUUGGUGAACCUAAAGAAACAAUGAGCAUUAUAAGUAUAGUUGUUGAUUCGCUUAAUUGUCAUCAUUGAUUUAGUAAAUGUAUAUCACAGUCAUGAUUUAUUUUACUGUCACGAAUAAAAAUACAAGUAAAUUAUUAACUAGGUUUCUAAAAUUCAUCAAUUGCAGAUAAAUUAUUCAAUAAUUAUGUGAUUAAUAAUUAUUGCAGCAUUUAUAAAUAUAUGACAGUCGAUGAAAAAGAUGCGAUUUUAUGCUGUAAAACAUAAUUGAAUUCUCAGAGUACCUUUGAUGAAAUCAAUUCUGAUGAUGUUAUUUUUAUGUAUUUAUAAUGUUAAAAAUAAAUCAAUGAUUGAUA